AUGCAGGUUCCUCUAUUCCGCUUGCAAUGCGGCGUCAACUCGUACGACUGGGGUAAGAAGGGCUCCGAGUCGGCGGCUGCCAAAUUUGCCGCCGCGACGCCUGCCGACGACUUUUCAAUCCAGGACGACAGGCCUUACGCAGAGCUGUGGAUGGGAACACACCCUUCAAACCCCUCCAAGGAUGUCGAUACCGGCCGCACGCUGCUCGACCUCGUAGAGGAGAACCAGAUGUUUCUGUCGUCGUCUGUCAUUUCAAAGUACGGCAACAAGCUUCCUUUCCUUUUCAAGGUCCUGUCCAUCAACAAGGCCCUCUCGAUCCAGGCGCACCCCAACAAGAAGCUGGCCGAGAAGCUACACGAGCGCGAUCCCAAGAACUACCCCGACGACAACCACAAGCCAGAGAUGGCCAUCGCCAUUACCCCGUUUGAGGGUCUCUGUGGGUUCCGUCCGCUGGAGGAGAUUGCACACUUUCUGGACAACGUCCCUGCGCUGAGGAGUCUCGUGGGCGAGGAUAAGGCCAAGCAGUUUGUCGAGGUUGCCAAGGACGAAAAGGCAGACGUGGCUACCAAGAAGAAGGCUUUGCGCGAGGCCUUUGCUGCUGUCAUGGACGCGUCUGAUUCGGCACUUGCCGAAGCCACUAAGCAGCUAGUUUCAGCCGCCGAAUCGGAGGGUGCCGAUUUUGCAGCCAAGGGUGUCUCGUCGACCUCGGGCGCCACGCUCGCGGAGCUAGUCACCAGGCUUCACGGACAGUUCGGAGCCGAUUACGGUCUCUUUGUGCUCUUCUACUGCAAUUUUGUCACGCUUGAGCCCGGCGAGGCGCUGUUCCUGCAGGCCGAUGACAUCCAUGCCUACGUCUCGGGCGACAUCAUGGAGUGCAUGGCUGCGUCGGACAAUGUUGUGCGGGCUGGCUUCACGCCCAAGUUCAAGGAUGUGCCGACUCUGGUCGACAUGCUGACGUACGAUUCGGCGCCCAUCGACGAGCAAAAGAUGCAACCAACCGAGUAUCCCUAUGUCAAGCUCAACAUGGCGGCCUUCAAGUCCGGAUCCGAAGUACUACUUUACGACCCUCCCAUUGAGGAGUUCAGCGUGCUGCGCGGUGUGCUGAAGGCCAAUGAAGCCAAGGCCACCUUUGAUCCGAUCGAAGGGCCAAGCAUCGUCAUUUGCACAAAGGGGAGUGGCAAAAUCUCGGUCGGACCGACGGUCAAGGACAUCAAGGAGGGUUGGGUGUACUUUGUCGGGUCGACGGCUCAGUGCGUGCUCGAGGCGGAUUCGCUAGGUGAUGGAGAGGAGUUCCACUUUUUCAAGGCGUUUUGCGAGGUCGAGGACAACAGCAACGGUGCUUGA